GUGUCCCCCUCUCAUACUGUCCCACUCACUCAAAGAGCUCAUACACUCACGCAGUGAUUUCAGACACUUAGACCAGUGCUUCGUCACACAGGCUUUAUCAGUGCUUUUAUUGCAAAAAGGUUAUCCCAUUGUGUCUCUCUUUGGCUGGGCUGAAUCUCCACCGUCUGCUCUGGGACUUGGCUUGGCUCUACCGUCUCUGUCUCUCAACCCCUCCCCCCUACAGCACCCGGAGGGUGGGACAGACUUCUUGCUGACCCGCCAUGUUUCUGGUUCUCGUUGUGACGCCGGAACUAAGGGAGUUCUUGGCCAGAGCAAGGGGUGGAGCUGUCCGCCUCAUCCAGGUGCGGAUCCAGGACGAGCAGCUGGUGCUGGGGGCAUUCAGAGAGCCGACACAGAGCUGGGACCAGGACUAUGACCACUUCCUACUUCCUCUGCUGGACGACCAGGAGCCUUGCUACAUCCUGUACCGCCUCGACUCCCAGAAUGCACAGGGAUACGAGUGGAUCUUCAUCUCCUGGUCUCCUGACCAAUCUCCAGUGAGACAGAAGAUGCUGUACGCUGCCACCCGUGCUACAGUGAAGAAAGAGUUUGGUGGUGGUCAUGUGAAGGACGAGAUGUUUGGCACAGUGGAGGAGGACAUCUGUCUCGAGGGCUACCAGCGUCACGUGUCCUCCAGCUCCGGCCCUGCCCCACUCACAGCUGCUGAACAGGAGCUGCGGAGAAUCAAAAUCAACGAGGGAAGGGUUAAGCAGGUGAAAACAGAGACCAGUGUGGAGAGUAAGCACCAAACGCUGCAGGGCAUUGCUUUCCCACUGCAGGAGGAAGCCAAACAGGCUCUACAACAACUUGCACAGAAACACAUCAACUACAUACAGCUGAAGUUGGACACAGAGAGAGAGACGAUAGAGCUGGUCCAUUCUGACCCGACAGAGACCUGUGAGCUGCCUUGCAGGGUUCCCACGGAUACGCCCAGAUAUCACUUCUUCCUCUAUAAACACUCUCAUGAAGGGGACUACUUGGAAUCUGUUGUGUUCAUCUACUCCAUGCCCGGGUACAGCUGUAGCAUUAAGGAGCGGAUGCUGUACUCCAGUUGUAAGAGUCGACUGCUGGAUGAGGUGGAGAAAGAUUACCAUCUGGAGGUUUCCAAGAAGAUGGAGAUUGACAGUGGGGAUGAGUUGACAGAGGAGUUCCUGUAUGAUGAGGUCCAUCCUAAGCAGCAUGCCUUCAAGCAGGCCUUCGCCAAGCCUCGUGGCCCAGCAGGGAAGAGAGGCAACAAGCGUCUCAUCAAGGGCCCAGCGACUAGGGAGAGCAGGCCGGAAAACUAGAGAGAGGGACAGAGCUUGGUCGUCUCCCCUUCCCUGAAUCCUCCUCCUGUUGCCACGGCAGCUUGUUUGGCCACGAGGAAGGAAAAGGAGAAGAAUUUCUGUCAUUUUGAUUUUCACCUCCCUUUGCUUGUGUUUUAACAAUGUGUCAUUCAUGUACGUGCUAUUCAUGAACAUCAACUAUAGCAGUGGUUCCCAAACUGUGGGGGCGCGAAGGGUCGGCAGGGGGAACUCAGUCCGGCUUUCAGCUUACUCCAAACUUACUCUGCAAUUUCCAAAUUGGUUAGUGCAUCAGCAGUUUUCCUCUUGUCAAUCAUUGCAGACCUUUGAGAGAUAUUUACUGUAUACCUUGUUAGAAAUGUCCAGAUCAACUAGCCCAUGUCAGCAAACGUUUUUUAGCUAGGUUUUUAACCCAUUGAUUUGAGUCACUC